CUCGCUUGUCUCACUCGGGAGGGUGUGAGAACCGGUCGUUACAUCCUGGUGAAUAACUUUUGUCUUCGACUGCGCCUAUAUUGUUAUACAUAUAUCAGGUCGUCGCUCGUUUCUGCAGUCACCAUCGCGCAGCUGGCCCGGCUAGCGCGGAUAUUCAUAAUAAUACUACGGUCUCCAGUGUCACCAAAAGUGGAUUUAAUCGAUUAGCGACUACCGAUUUGGUAUCAUUAUCUUUGGGCUUUCCGUCACGGCUGGUUGAAUGCCGCUGUCACCACGAAUAAUUAUGAGACUUUUCCGCAACCUGGUCCCAUUUCUGGCCAGUACAGUAUCGAUCCUAAAGACCGGUGUUGAUGCACGUUCACAGCAGCCCGGUCCCAUCAAUUAUAUCUCUGUCGUCGAAGCCCCAGUGAUCAAUUCCCCCUCACAUCGUGUACAUUCUCUAUCACACUUCGAUGUCACAUUCGGCCUCCACCAGGGUCACCAGCGAAUAAAGCUGGACCUCGAGCCAAACCAUGAUAUACUUUCCGAAGACGCCCACAUUCAAUAUCUCGAUUCGAAUGGCAACGUCAAGCAUGCGCAGCCUAUCGACAGGUCCGAUCAUAGAGUGUUCAAAGGUUCCGCGUGGGCGGAGGCAGAAGAUGGCAGCUGGAACCGAGUAGGCUGGGCGAGGAUAAGUGUGCAACGUGAUGGGAAGCAGCCGUUGUUCGAAGGCGCCUUCACCAUCAGGGGAAACCACCAUCACAUCCAAAAGCGGUCAAACUACAUGCACACUAGACGCGAUUUUGAUGUUGACGUCGAGAACAAGGAAGACGAUUAUAUGAUCGUGUACCGCGAUUCGGAUAUGAGUCGCGAGUUGCAUUCGGAAUUCAAGCGAUCGUUAUCGAACUCGUCCGCGUGCCAAGCAGACAAGUUGAACUUCAACGCCGACCCUGAUCACCCUGUUUUUCACCCCGAUCUGCACCAGCCAUUGCCGCGAUGGGGUGCGAUGUCCGUGAAUUCUCUCUUUGGGCUGACAAAGCGCCAGUCUGAUACAGGCGGCAUAUCCGGAAAUACUGGUGCAGUCAACUUGGAGUCUACUAUCGGCAGUACUGCGGGCUGUCCGAACACGAAGAAAGUCGCGUUAAUAGGCGUUGCUACUGAUUGCGCAUUCACCGGUGCAUAUAAUUCCACCGAGUCCGCUCGUCAGGCUGUCAUAGAUAUGGUGAACACCGCUUCAGACCUCUAUGAGCGCAGUUUCAACGUCACAAUCGGCCUCCGCAAUCUCACGAUUAGCGACGCGGAAUGUCCCAGCACUGCGUCCGAGGCGGCGCCCUGGAACGUCGCCUGCGGCAGCAAGAACAUGACGCAGCGGCUGGAUUUGUUCUCCCAGUGGCGAGGACAGAGGAAUGACAGCAACGCUUACUGGACCCUCAUGACGAACUGUCCUACUGGUGCUGAAGUUGGAGUGUCAUGGUUGGGACAGUUGUGCAAUACAGAAUCCACGCCAGACGGGGAAGACACGGUCACGGGAGCCAAUGUUGUAGCGAAAACCACCGCUGGGUGGCAGGUUUUCGCCCACGAAACAGGACAUACAUUUGGUGCCGUGCAUGACUGUGAUUCGGAGACCUGUAAGCAAGAUCUCGAAGCGACAUCUCAAUGCUGUCCAUUAUCCAAGUCUACGUGCAGCGCAGAUGGGCGCUACAUUAUGAAUCCGAGCACUGGGGACGAUAUCACCCAGUUCUCUCCAUGUACGAUUGGAAAUAUCUGUUCUGCCAUGGGCCGCAAUAGUGUCAAGUCCAGCUGUCUUUCUGACAACAAAGGUGUGACAACCAUCACUGGUAGUGAGUGUGGCAAUGGCAUUGUGGAGGCCGGGGAGGAAUGCGACUGUGGAGGAGAGGAGUCAUGCGGUAAUAAUGCCUGCUGUGAUGCGAAAACCUGCAAGUUCAAGAAUGGAGCCGUAUGUGACGAGUCGAACGAAGUCUGUUGCUCGAGUUGCCAAUUUGCGUCUGCCGGUACUGUCUGUCGUCCUAGCACCGGUUCUUGCGAUAUUGCAGAGAAGUGCACUGGUAACUCUGGAUCUUGUCCAUCCGACAGCCAUAUACCGGACGGUGAGAGUUGUGGUAGUGGGUUAACAUGUGCCAGUGGCCAAUGUACCAGUCGCGACGAGCAAUGUCAGUCGGCCAUGGGAGAUUUGCUGAACAGCAAUUCCACUCAUGAUUGUGACAGCAGCAGCUGUACUUUGAGUUGCAAUUCUCCCAAUUACCCAGCAAACACCUGCGUCGAGAUGAACCAGAACUUUCUUGACGGAACCCCAUGCUCUGGAGGUGGCCACUGUAGCAACGGUCGCUGCGUUGGUGCUUCUGCCGGUGGGGAAAUCAAAUCCUGGGUAGAUGACCACAAAUCUCUUGUUAUCGGUCUGGCCGUCGGGAUUGGGGGUCUUCUCCUGUUCUCACUGCUAUCUUGUCUCAUCCGCCGGUGUCGCCAGUCAAAGCGCCCCAAGGGAGCUGGUAGACCACCGCCUGGUCUAUAUCCGCCUCCGCCAGACGCACGUUACAACGGAUGGGCUGGUCCUAUGCCGCCUCCGCCACCGCCUGCCAUGGGUCAAUGGCGCGGCGGACAUAGCCCCGACGGUUAUUGGCAGUCUGGAGGCUAUCCUCACGAUCCUCCGCCUAAAUAUCCAGGCCCAGCUUACGGUAGUGACCAAACCGCUAGGCGCUACGUAUGAGCAUCUUCUUGCACAGUUUUCAUCUUCCACACACGCAUAUAUAUAUGUCGACGGGGACUUGGCACAGUUGGUCCGUAUUUGUGGAAGGGGUGUAUCCAUGGUCCAUACACUUCUUUUCC